UGUUGUGUUUGUUUUGUUGAAGGCGAAGAUGGCGGACGAGCUAGACAGGGUACGAAUCUCAGCUGCGGAACUGCGUGCUGAAGCGUCGAAUUCGAUCACUGUUGGCGACUGUCUGAAAGAGGGGCAACAGGACUGUCAUAGACACCGGCAGCAGAGGAAGCGUGAAGCAAAACGUCCUGAUCUGCAGCGCUAUCAGCCGAUGGCCGGACAUGGGCACCGUCACCAUGACAGCGAGGAGGUAGAAAAUGCUACACUUGCUCAUGGUGGAAGCACCAUUUCCCUGGCCUCGAAUUCAGAUGAGCACACUCCAUCAUCGCGGUGUGAUAACAACACUGGUAAAGUUUCAGAGAGACAAGGAUGCACAGAUGGUGGGAUGGACAGAGAGGAUCAAGACAGAGUCAGAGGUGAUGGCAUUAACAGCCAGAACUGCCAAAAGGGAAAAGCAGAAGAAGGUCAAGAAAAACAAUAUGUUGAAAAUGACAGAGAACACCAGGAGCCUUCUGGGGUUCUUAAGCUGACUCGGAAAACACGAAAACCAGACCAAGAGUUCUAUCAACCUGGGAGCAGGAGGGGCAUCCAGGGGAAGGAAUGUGGAGCAGGUAAAGAGCAAGAUAAACCUCCCUGUAAGAGACAUGAGCAAGAAUCCCAGAGGAAGAUGGAGGAAAGGGAGGGAAAUAAAAAUUCAUCCAUAGUGAAGCAGGGAGAGAAAGAGAGAGAGGCAAAAGGAAAUGAGGAAAAAGUUAAAUCAGAUAAAGUUUUUGAGAAAAACAGAAAGCAGGGAAGGAGAAAUUUGGAAAAUACUCCAUUACCCUCUGAGGCCGGAGUGGAGAAACUCUCCAGUAAAAUAAAAAAGCUGAGUGUGAAAGAAGAUGUAACCGUACGUGGUGUUGGGAAAGAGGGUGAAGAGGAGGGUGGCAAGAAAUGGAAAGCAACUGAUGAGGGAAAGCAAGGAGGUGGAGGAAUAAAAGUAGAAGGAGAAAAGACAGAGAAGAAGCGGGAAAGGGGAAACCGCAGGAGAAGAGGAGGGGAGAAGGAAAAGGAGGUGAAUCAAGACUCUAGAAGAGGAAGAGCCGAAGGAGGUGGAGGAGGGAAGAGUGACCGGGGCACUGCUGAGAAAGAAAGAGAAAGGAGAGCGCCGGAAUCAGAUAGAGAGAAACCACUGGCUAAGACAGGAGACAACACACAGCAAAGCAAAGGAAGAGAGAAGCACAGAGUAAGAGAGAGCCGGAGAGAGAACAAUAACAACAACCAGCCCCGAGAUGCAGAUAAAAAUGCUGAGACAGACAGAAAUAGAGAGAGGGCAGUAGAGGGAAUUGAGAGGAACAAAUCAAAUGCAAACAUCACAACUCCGACCUCAAAACGCUACUCCAAAUCAGACAUUCGACACUCGCGAAACCGCACAUACAGCAGUAGUUCAGCCAGCAGUGUGACCAGCUUGGAUGGUCCUGGCCUGGGGACGGAUGGGGAGAGAGGCAAGUGGCCUUGUUUGGAGUCCAGGCAAAGGGAAAAGACAGUGGGGAGGGCUCAUGGAGGACGAGGGAGUCAGUUACAUAGCUUGACUACCAAUGGAGAGUCAUCUACAGAAUCACUGGAAGGGAGUGAGAUGAGUGAUGUUGUAGAGGACAUGAGGAGAGAUGAAGAAGAUGACCAAAGCACAGAGAGGCAGAGGGAAGAAAGGAACAAACAGAGAGGACACAAAGGUGGAGGACGGGGAAUCCUGCGGUUGUCUGUAGAAAAACAGUCAAGUACCUCCUCAGCACCUGGAGAGGAUGCUAAGCAUCGGAAGCAGGGCUUGGGUUCUCGUGGUAGAGGUAGAGGUAUCUUGGUGCUUCCGGCCCACACCGACCUCUCUAAUUCACCAGAGCUUGGGCCGAGGCUUCUAUUUGGUGGAGUUAGGGGGGGAGCAGCUGGCAGGGGGAGGGGAGGUAGGGGAGGCGGAGUGAGACGACUCUGGGAUCCAAACAACCCUGACCAGAAACCCGCUCUCACCCGCAUGCAGUCCUCACAGCAUUCACCUCUUCAACAGCCCAUGUACCUGCAGACAGGCGGUGGAUAUGGACAACUUCACUUUUUAGACACAGAUGAUGAGAUUGCUGGAAGUCCUCCUGUCCACCAGGGUGAGCACUUCUCAACCCAGCAGCAACAUGCUGCCGCCAUGGCCUACUACAAGUUUCAAAACUCUGACAACCCCUACUGCUAUGCCAUGCCUACCAGCAACCCGCAUAACCCCAGUGCCACUACGAACCAGCGUUAUCCAUUUCCUUAUCAUAUGGGACCCUACCAAAUGGCUCCCUCUAAUGGCAUGUACCCGGGUGCUGGUAUGACACAGUUCUGUGGGGCUUACAGAGGAACAGGCUACCCUCAGCCGGGGACAGGAGGCAGUUUGACCCCGGAAGAGAUGGAGCAACAGGCCAGAGGGGAGCUGGGGAGGCUGCUGAGGGCUGCAGAUGCACAGGAGCUCCAGCUCAGUAAUCUACUCUCCAGAGACAGACUGAGUGCUGAUGGACUGGAUCGCAUGGCCCAGCUCAGAGCGGACCUUUUGACACUGUAUGAACAGGUCAUCUUGACAGAUAUUGAGUUCUCAGACUCUCAGAACUUAGACCAAGCCCUUUGGAAGAACGUCUUCUACCAAGUCAUAGAGCGCUUCCGCCAGCUACUCAAAGACCCAAACAAUGACAACACCCCACGCAUCAGGAACAUGUUGCUCAUACUGCUUGAUGAGGGAGCAAUAUUCUUUGAUGCUCUACUUCACAAGCUACAGUCAGUGUUCCAGUUUAAACUGGAGGACUACAUGGACGGCAUGGCUAUUAGGGCUCGCCCAUUACGCAAAACGGUUAAGUAUGCACUCAUCAGUGCUCAGCGUUGUAUGAUUUGUCAGGGAGACAUAGCCCGUUACCGAGAACAGGCCAGUGACUCUGCUAACUAUGGCAAAGCCCGCAGCUGGUACCUAAAAGCCGUGCAGAUUGCCCCUAAAAAUGGGCGACCAUAUAAUCAGUUGGCCCUGCUGGCAGUCUAUACAAAGCGGAAGUUGGAUGCAGUGUAUUAUUAUAUGCGCAGCUUGGCGGCCUCCAACCCCAUCCUGACUGCAAAGGAGAGCCUGAUGAGUCUGUUUGAGGAAACUAAACGCAAGGCUGACCAGCUGGAGCGAAGGAGGAGGCAGGAGUCUGAGGGAGGCUCCAGGGGUCCAGCAGUAAGAGGAAGAGGAAGAGGGGAGGACGGGGCACGGGUGGAGAUUUGGAUUCGCCCCAGUGGACAGGCGACAACCCCUUCUUCACACAGAGGAGGCAGUGAGUCCAGCAGGGACUCUGAACAAGAUGGGGAGCUAUGCAGUCUCAGCGCCAGCGAUUUGUCAUUGCAUCCUGAUCUAAAUAAGAGGUUCAUUCUCAGUUUUCUGCAUGCACAUGGAAAGCUCUUCACUAAAGUGGGUAUGGAGACCUUCCCUGCAGUAGCGAGCCGUGUCUUGCAGGAGUUCAGGGCACUACUCCAACACAGCCCCUCCCCUCUGGGCAGCACUCGCAUGCUGCAGAUAAUGACCAUCAACAUGUUCACCAUACACAAUGCCCACAGCAGAGAUGGGGAGGGAGAGGAGCGCUCUGUCCUGCUGGAGCAGACCACUGCCCUAGGCCUGGCCAUGUUCGCAUUGCUGGUGCAGCGCUGCACAGAGCUGCUCAGAGAGACGCCUGCAGGUACACACAAUCCAGUCCACAUGGAAGAUGGAGAGGAAGGGGAUAAAGAGGAGCUGGAGGGCAUGGUGAAGGUCUCUGCCUUCCCAUUGGACCUUAAGGAAUUGCUUCCAAGCAUAAAGGUCUGGUCUGACUGGAUGUUGGGACACCCAGACCAGUGGAACCCUCCACCAUUCAGUAUUGAUUGCAGCCCUGACAUUUGGCAGUGCCUGGCUGACCUGUGUAAUGUGCUGGCGACUGUGGACCACAAGGAGGCGGUGCUGUACAAAGCAGACACAGAUGAAGGCGAGGGAGACGAGGAGUUGAGUCUGCUGCUCCUUGAGGAGGACAGGCUGCUCGCUGGCUUUGUACCCCUGCUGGCUGCACCAUUAGAGCCCUGCUACAUAGACAGACACACUGACAUGGCUAUAGCAGCAGAUUGUAAGAGGGUGAGAGUGCUGAAGUACUUCCUGGAGGCUUUGUGUGGACAGGAAGAGCCUCUGUUGGCCUUCAAAGGAGGAAAAUACAUCUCCAUGGCAACCUCUCCUCCACCCAGCCACUCCAUAGAUGGAAGAAGCAGACAGGAUUCUCAGACAGAUAAAGAGGGUGAUGAUGUUAUAGUGGAGGCAGAGUCCUCUCUCUCCGCAUCAGAGGGAGAGGUGGACGGUGAGGAGGAAGUGGACAGUGAGAAUCAUAUCAAAGAGCUGAGGGCACGACGCCACGCACUUGCCAACAAACUGGCCCAGCAACAGCGCCGCAGAGACAAAAUACAGGCGGUGCUGCAGACAGGUGGUGUAUUGGAGCUGGAGGUGCGCCCUCUCUUCUUGGUUCCUGACACCAAUGGGUUCAUUGAUCACCUGGAUGGGCUGAAGAAACUCCUCCAGUGUGGCACAUACAUACUAGUGGUUCCACUUAUAGUGAUCACAGAGUUGGACGGUUUGGCUAAGGGCCAGGACACCUUUGCUGGAGUAGGUGGAGGACUGCAGUCAAGUGUGUGUGGCAGCAACAAUCGUGGCAGCUACAACAUUAGCAUGGCCCACAUACGGGCCGUGCAGGAGAAGGCUCGACUGGCGGUGGCAUUCCUGGAGAAAGGGUUUGAGGACAGGGAACCGUGCCUCAGAGCCCUGACCAGCAGAGGAAAUCAGCUUGAGUCCAUUGCUUUCCGCAGUGAGGACACUUCUGGACAACAGGGCAACAAUGAUGAUGUGAUUCUGUCCUGUUGUCUCCACUACUGCAAAGACAAGGCAAAGGACUUCAUGCCUGAUCACAGAAGUGGGCCAGUGCGGUUGCGGAGGGAGGUCGUUCUCCUUACAGAUGACCGUAACCUGCGAGUCAAAGCUUUGACCCGAAAUGUUCCAGUCCGAGACAUCCCUGCUUUCCUCAGCUGGGCCAAAGUAGGCUGAAGCAGGCUAGGCUGAAAUACAGGGAACUCAACUGCUGAAACCUGCUCGCCACUCAGCCAGGAGAGGAGAAGACACACUUAAGCAGAGGACGAAGGAAAAAUGGAGAGAGGGAAGAACAUAGAAAGGGAGGGAGGAACCACCUCUUGUUCAGUACAAGCAAAAUUAAAGUGAGAUCAGAGUGGCUUCAAUGAGAUUUUCCCCCUCUCAUGAUACAGUGACGUGUGUAUGUGUGUUAAGAUCAGAAAGCUUUCCCCACAGAGAGAGGGAGACUUCUUAAGUCUCAGGAAGGCUGGACUGGUGGAGAGGAAAGAAGAGAUAAGAAUAAAGUGUUAUGAUUUGCCAGAUGUCUGGUCCAGCCAUGUGCCUCUGCACCCAGUUAGUGUGUGUUUACUACACCAGCAGGAUUCAAAUUUGAGACUAUGAUAGAGUGAGCUAGAGAAGAGGGACAGUGUGAACGGCCAUGAACUGAAGGCAGCUGCAAUGAGGGCCACAGUUGGCAUUUCCACAUCUCUCUGAGGGCUCAGCCUGUUAGCCUGCUUCAGCCUUCAUAGCUGAGAGAAAGGCAGGUGGAGAGAAACCAAGCUAGAGGGUCUGUGUCAGCAGGGUGAAGAGGGGCUGCAUGCAGUGAGGGAUACAAAAAACCCACAUGCAGCCUUAACCACCUCAAGGGACUGUGAAGUGUUCCUGCUAACCCAGCAAGUGUUUUAAGCUCAUUUUCUAACUUGAGUUGUUCUUCCAGCUUGAUGUAGACCUUGAUUUUUUCCCCCCCUUGAGUUAUCUCUAAGUCUGAGUAUUACAAACAAAAUGUAAAAAAUACCUUUCUUAUGAUUUAUCUCUGUUGGUUUGUGUUGCUUUUGAGCUCAUACAUGUAAAAAGUUGUGUUUCCUUGCUCAAGGAGAUGUUUUUUUCUUUUUCCCAAUAUGUGAACAACUAGUCAUGAAGACCAGACAUACAUUAAAUUUGGCCAGAUCUGGGGGGAAAAGUGUUUGCUACUAAUUAUUCUCAUGUCUUUCAGGUUACACAGCAUAUUAUAUGGGUGAAGAUGAGUGCAUCAUAACAGUUUUGAGUGAGGUUGUCAAUCCCAAAAAUAAACCAACUUUAAAUUGACCCACUUGUCUAACCCACUAUGUAGUCUUUAUUAUCCUAUGUGACAAAUUCCAGCCAUCAAGCUACUAAAGACAGAAUAAUUUCCCAAAUAUGCAAAUGCCAUUUGACCCAGGUCUGAUUUUGAAAGUCACAUUAUUGGAAUCAAAUAUGAACCAUCAAAGUGACUUUGGAGACAGGCUAGAGUACAAUUUGGAGACAAGUUCGCUGUAUUUUGUAUUCAUAACAGUAACAUCCAUUUGGUCACAUGUCAGUCCUUUUCAGUUCAUCAGACGAGGAAUUUGCUUUUUUAUUUAUCAUGUAAUGACCAAUGUUACCAUUGUAGCUGUUUUCACACUCCAGUCAUCUUUUCAUUUAGAGUGCACACUGGUAUAUUCACUUUACUUUAGUUAAACUAAAUAAAGGAAAGAAAUAUGGAUGCAACCAGCAUUAUUCACCUCUUGGACUAAAUGACAGCUGAACCAUGACUGUGAAUGAGUGAGAGAGAAAGAAUGAGCAUGUAUAGCGGCAUGUGUAUGUGCACGUGAUAGUAUGUGUAUAUGCUUUCUCUGUGGCACUGUGUGCCAGGUGAUGCUUAAAACAGAAAUUAUUCUUCGUGUCUUACUGAUGUGUAUUAGAGUUUCAGAUGCUGAAUAUAGAUGCCAUCUAUGCCAGUGUCCUCUGUUUUGCAUCAUUCACCAGACUAAUCAUAAUUUGAUUGCACUUCUGUGAAAUGAAGCACAUCUGUAGAACUGGUUACCCUGCUUACUAUAUAACAUGCUCUUCUAGUUAGGCCCCCACUUGUGCCCUUGUGCUAAGACAUUUGACUGUUGCCUCAGUAGUUUCUUAUGUUAUUUUAUAAAAAAUGUUUUAUGUUGAGUAAGUGUCUUUAUCUGAAUCAUCCAAUGUAGAUUUCUUUGUGACUUGUUGGUUGUUCUGUUGAUGAACUCCUGUGUUCUGGUUGUUAUUGUCCUGUUCAGUGUAAGCUACUAUGUUAAGUGGUGCAACUGCAGUGUUUUUAAAAUCAGUUUAUUGUGGAAUCAAAAGCAGCAUCUACAACCUCACAACAACUUACUGCUAAUGACUUUUUAAAUAUCUUUCUUUGACAAGGUGAAUUAAAAAUGCUUUGAAUGCACUGUUGUCUUUUUUUUUUUUUUUUAAGUAAAUGAGGAUGGAUAUC